UAUCGCACCGCCAUCGUCAGCUCCAAUAAGUCGUGCCAAAAGCUCAUUACACGUAUGCGUAAUGCAUGCGUUGUUGUGCAUUUAUUUCCUCUCUUCAACUGCUUCCCUUUUUUGUCUCGUUUCAGAAACUCCAGUCGUCUACUCGCACCUCCUUUCAACUUGUCGUAUAUAUAUAUAUAUAUAUAUAUAUAUAUAUAUAUAUCAUUUCUUCUCCCCUCUUCUAUCCCUCUGCCGCUACCUACAUUGAACACUGAAAGAAAGGGAAAGAGGACAGUUGAUGUUUUUGAUUCACGAAAAUUGACAAAGAAUCUCGAGAUCGUCUUUUUCGUAUUCAAUCCAGCCCUUGUCUCCAGCAACUUAGCCAAAACAAUCACAUCUGAAAGCAUGAAAAAAUUGUGGUUCAUGCCUAUCAAUAUUCUCUUCACCUUUAUUAUUGGUUCAAUUCUUGGUUGGGCAGUCAUUCAAAUUACAAGGCCUCCUCAACAUCUACGUGGACUGGUUGUUGGCUGUUGUGCUGCAGGAAACUUGGGCAACAUGCUUCUCAUUAUCAUUCCAGCUGUUUGUAAAGAGAAAGGGAGCCCUUUUGGGGAUCCUGGUGUUUGUCACACAUAUGGAAUGGGCUAUGCUUCGCUUUCGAUGGCGGUAGGGGCGAUUUACCUAUGGUCUUAUGUUUAUAAUAUCGUGAGAAUAUCGUCAAGUAAGAGCUCAAAGGAAGUUGAGAUUAAUGAUUCUUCCGCCAGUAGAUCUCCGAGAGAAAGCUCUAUAUCACAACUUGGGACAUCAGCAGAAUCACUACUUCCAUCAAAGGCCUUCAAUGGAUCCGAGUCCCCACCUGAACAGCUUGAGCUGCCUUCCACUAGAUUUGAUCACAAAGCUCAGAUGCAGCCUGGGACUAAAUUUAAGCAGUACAUGGAGAUUAUUUCGAGGAAGAUCAACCUGAAGAGGUUAUUAGCCCCUUCUACCACUGGAGCGCUUGCAGGUUUUAUAGUUGGACUUAUACCUCAGAUAAGAAAGCUGAUGAUUGGUGAUGUAGCGCCUCUUCAUGUGAUCGAAGAUACAGCUAUUUUACUUGGGGAUGGAGCCAUCCCACUUCUAACGCUGAUCAUGGGAGGUAACCUUUUGAAGGGUUUGACGGGUUCAGGAAUUCAGAAAUCCCUGUUGGUUGGCAUUAUUGGUGUCAGAUAUAUUGCCCUCCCUCUGAUUGGUAUUGCUGUAGUCAAAGGAGCUAUUCACUUGGGCUUGGUGCAACAUGAUCCGUUAUAUCAAUUUGUUCUUCUACUUCAAUUUGCACUUCCACCAGCAAUGAACAUUGGCACCAUAACACAGUUAUUUGGAGCUGGUGAGAGCGAGUGUUCAGUAAUUAUGUUUUGGGCUUAUGCAUUGGCUUCAGUAUCGCUUACUCUGUGGACUACAUUCUUCAUGUGGCUUGUAGCUUGACUUCAUUUUUAUACCAGACCUAUUCAAGUUUACAUGGCAUGUGCAACGUUCUAUUUGUCGAAAUCACAGACUCGAAACAAACCAAAAUUCGCAAAAACUGGAAUUAAAAGUUUAACCAUGUUUUCAUUGUCAUAUAGUCCUAAUAACAUUAUUGGAGUGGAGAAGUGGA